AUGCCGCCCUCCCAGCUUAAGAGGUUAAAAACCUCUCUUCGAGAGCAAGGAAUUGUCGGCCCUCAGCAAUCAAAAAAACAAAAGAAACAGAAUGCACAGAAUGGCGCAAACAAGGAGAAGAAGAUUAAGAGGAGUGUCGCGCUCAGUGGAAUUCGAGAUCAGUUCAAUCCGUUCGAAAUCAAGCAAGCCAAAGCUCCCAAAUUUGAGGUUACAAGCAAUAAAACAAUUGGUGGAAGGAUCUCUAAGGGUAUUAAGAAACCGGGCGUUGCGAGGGGUCUUGCUGAAGAAAAUCGCCGCAAAACUCUUCUUGUAGAGAUGCAGAGCAGAAACAGAGUCGGAGGUAUAAUAGAUAAGCGUUUCGGAGAAAAUGACCCUUCAAUGGCUCCUGAAGACAAGAUGCUCGAACGUUUCACGCAAGAGAAGCAGAGGGGCCACAAAAACAGCUCGGCAUUUGAUCUUGAAGACGACGAAACGCCUGGCGAGCUUACCCACAUGGGACAAUCUCUUUCCCUGGAUGGACCUACGAUCCGGGAUGAUUUCGAUGAUGAGGGUUUGGAACUGUCGGAUGCCGAGGACCACGAGUCUGAUGAUGAGCGACAAGCACGAAAACGUCGCCGAGGCUCUAAUUCCGAAGGCUCAGAUGAAGAUGAGGAGGGAACUUCUCUGCCCGAACGGAAGAAGUCGAAGCAAGAGGUUAUGAAAGAACUUAUCGCUAAAUCUAAAAUGCACAAAUAUGAACGUCAAGCAGUCAAGGACGACGAUGAGGAUCUACGAGAAGAACUGGACAAAGAAAUGUCAGGUAUCCAUGAACUUCUCCGCGGUAUGGUACCUAAACCACCACCUGCGCCAAUUGCGCCACCCGCGGAUAUUCCUGGCAUGAAUCCAGAGCGGAUAGCAUUGAUGAAUGGGGGCGACCGAGAGAAGUUGGAAAAGGAAUACGAUAUGCGAAUGAGACAAAUGGCGCAAGACAAACGAUCCCAACCUACAGAAAGAUCCAAAACCGAAGACGAAAAGAUGGAGCAGGAAUCAGGAAGGUUGCGAGAAUUGGAAGCGAAGAGAUUGCGUCGUAUGGAGGGUGUGGUUGAAAAUAGUGACGAGGAAGAAGAUAAUCGCACACGAGGAGCAGACGAUGAGGAGGAAGACGAAGAGGAAGAAGAGGAAGAUUAUGGAUUGGGUGCUGGUAUCAAAACCAGACCUAGUGCUGCGGAAUUAGGUGCGGACGACGAGGACGACUUCAUGAUAGAUGACGGUUUAGUAGCGAGUGGUUCAGAUAUCGAUGAGUCGGAGGGCGAAUCCGGUGGACAGGACGAUGAAUCUGACAACGAGGACGACGAAUUUCUGAAAGGUUUGCUUACUGAAGAAGAGGCCAAGAACCCGGAAUUUUUGACGGGUGCAAACGCUCCUCUACCCGAAGCGGAACUGCCUGCUAAGAAUGGCGUUAAUGGGGAUCUUGCUUAUACCUUUCCUUGCCCACAAUCGCACGAAGAACUUCUUGAGGUUACAAAAAGUAUUGCAUUACUAGACCUGCCAACGGUUAUACAGCGUAUAAGAGCUUUGUAUCAUCCUAAACUCAACUCAGAGAACAAAUCAAAGCUAGGAAACUUCGCCGUUUCCCUUGUUUCUCAUAUCUCUUACCUCGCAAACCAAGCUCAGCAACCUCCUUUCUCCGUCCUAGAGAAUGUUAUCCGCCACAUCCAUUCGCUCGCCAAGACGUUUCCGCUUGAAAUUGCUAAUACCUUUCGACGACAUCUUGAAGAAAUCAAUCAAACACGACCUUUGUCUUUGAAUGCUGGCGAUCUCACCCUUUUGACAGCCAUUGGAACAAUGUUCCCAACCUCAGAUCAUUUCCACCAAGUAGUGACCCCUGCAGUCUUGACUAUGGGACGAUAUCUUGGCCAAAAGAUUCCUCAAACACUAUCUGAUUACACGAUGGGCACAUAUCUUUGCACUCUAUGCUUACAAUAUCAACGAUUAUCGAAGAGAUAUGUCCCAGAAGUUGGGGGUUUUAUCGAGAAUACCUUAUGUGCUCUUGCGCCUACCAAACUGCCAAAGAUUCCUGGCUGCUUUCCAUAUCAUGAGCCAAAAAGCUCUGUGCGGAUAGAGAAUUCAAAACCAUCAGACCGCCAGAUAGAGUUUUAUGACUGUGUUUCACAGGAACUAUCAGCAGACGAGGAAGAACCCUUGAAAAUUGCUUUGCUAGAGACAAAUAUUAAAAUCUUAGAAGCAAGUGCCGAUUUGUGGACGGGAAAAUCUGCCUUUACCGAAGUGUACGAACCUGCUUUGGCGAUCCUAAAACAUCUGGGAGGCAAGUCUUGCAGGUCAAAGCUCCCAGAAAGCACUCAAACCAGCAUCCGCAAAUCCACCUCCAAGCUCCAAACCAUGUUAAGUCUAGCCCACCUCGCCCGUCGCCCGCUCGAACUGCACCACCACAAGCCUCUCGCCAUCAAAACCUCCAUACCCAAAUUCGAAGAUUCUUACAAUCCAGACAAGCACUACGAUCCUGAUCGUGAACGUGCUGAUACGGCCAAGUUACGCGCUGAGCAUAAACAGGAGAGGAAGGGUGCCAUGCGUGAAUUGCGCAAGGAUAGCAAUUUCAUUGCGAGAGAGAGUUUGAGGCAGAAGAAGGAGAAGGAUGCUGCGCAUGACAAGAAGAUGAAGAGGCUUGUUGCGGAGAUCCAGGGCGAGGAGGGGAGGGAGUCAAAUGCUUAUGAGAGGGAGAAGGAAUAUAGGAAGAAGGGGAAGAACUAG